AUGAGGCGUACGGAAGCUUUCGCUAGAUGUUGCACUUUGCUCGGACGACUGGGUUUGAGAAGGCUGCGGCAUUCUAGGCCGGCGAUCCGCACGGAGUUCAAGCAGGUGGAUCACAGUGCAGGCACUGAUUUUCCAUGCCGAUGGGGUUGUCCUUCUGAUGCUCAGAUCGACUCCUGCGCGGCGCUCCUGGGACAGCGGCUCCAGGACAACGUGCUGGGCCGGGUCGGGCUUGUGCUCGUUGAAUGCAGCUUAGGGCCCAAAAAGGCCCACAGUUGCAGUUCCCUAAGAAGCCCUGAAUAUCUAAGGGGUUCCUUUUAA